UGUGUGUGUGUGUGAAGUGGCAGUGCUUAGAGGGAAGACUGUGAUUAUGAUCAUACCAGAGGUUGAGACGAAUCACUAAUAACUGUGGCUAUCGUCCAAUCCGCUUCACUUGACGCUGCGCUCCCAGCGUUUGGCUCGCAGAAGGCUGACUCGAACAGCACCAAACUGUCCGAAAGUGGAUCAGAACUGCGCUUUGGUGUUUUUUGACACUGCACCCGCAACCUCGCUACGAUGACAUUCAGAAACAGCUCCUUGGAUUUAUUCUCGCAGUUUUAUAUCUUGCAGAAUUUCUCCAUGUAUUUUAAUUUCUCUUUGGACGCGAUGUACGACAGAGGAGCGAAUUACGAGUCUGAAUCCCACAGACCGACCAUCAGAGCGCUGCUGGUCGUCGCAUAUUCCGUUAUUAUCAUCAUCUCGCUGUUCGGAAACGUGGUGGUUUGUCACGUUGUUAUUAAGAAUAAACGGAUGCACUCAGUGACAAGUUUGUUCAUCAUGAAUUUAGCCAUUGCUGACAUUCUUAUAACUCUCCUCAACACGCCGUUUACACUGGUUCGGUUUGUUUACAGCACAUGGGUGUUUGGAAAGGCAAUGUGCCAUGUGAGCCGCUUUGCACAGUAUUGUUCUGUUCAUGUCUCUGUUCUUACACUGGUCGCUAUUGCUAUCGAUAGACACCAGGUGGUGAUGCAUCCAAUGAAACAGAGGAUGUCUCGGCUUCAGGGCAUAGCCUGGAUUGGUGUUAUCUGGGUCAUGGGGUCAUGCUUCUCUCUACCUCAUGCCAUCUACCAGAAACUGCUGCGCUUUGAAUUUGUCAAUAACAGAGUACGGAUGGUAUGUCUGCCCAGCUUUCCUCAUCCCUCUGAUCUCUUCUGGAAGUAUCUGGAUCUUGCCACCUUUGUCCUGCUCUACGUAUUGCCUUUAGCAAUUAUCUCCUUAUCAUACCUUGUGGUGGCCAAGAAGGUCUGGUUCCGGAAUACUGUCGGUGAUGUCACGCUGGCUCAGUCUGCCGCUCACCGCAGAAGGAAGAAGACAACUUUGAAAAUGUUAAUUGCAGUGGUGGCCGUGUUUGCAGUCUGCUGGUUUCCGCUAAACUGUUACGUCGUUCUGCUGUCAAGUAAAGUGAUCCAGGCUAACAAUGCCCUGUACUUCACGUUCCACUGGCUGGCCAUGAGCUCAACCUGCUACAACCCCUUUAUAUACUGCUGGCUCAAUCACAGUUUCCGUGCGGAACUCAGAGCCCUGCCUGUAAUUGGCCGUAUAGCCAAGGGCAAUGCCAUCCAGCAAUCCUAAGGAAGCACCCAAUAUUUUACCAUUCUAAUUUUUAUUUUAAUAUUCUAUUGUUUUUAUACAUACAUUUUCACAUAUGGAAGCACUGUAGCAGAUCAUCCCGCUAACCUCCCAUCUUUGUGGUUUCUCUUUUUCAUCCCACCCACAGCUCACGUUUAGUCCUCUUCAUCCUAUUGUAAAUGACACCUCAACCCAUGUCCUUAAAAAGUGUUGCCAUGGAAGAGAUAAUGUAAAAAAAGAGAGGUAUAAGAUGUUAAAAUAGAAACUAUGUUUUUUAAAGAAAAAACAAUUCCUCUGAUGGCUAGAAAAUCAAAUACACUACAUGACUUUUCAAAUCUAAACAGAUCUGAAAACACUAUUCAUCAUAAACAACUGAGGAUCAAACACUACCAGACUUUCAAACACUACCAGACUUUCAAGUUGUUCUGAACACAACAAACUCACAUAGAAAUAUGCUCCUUAUUGCUUUGAGACAUGACAAAUGAAAACAAUAUGUGGUCCACAAUCAGCUCAGAAUAUCAAGCUUGUUUGAUAUCCUGACUGAUGGAAUCAUAGUCUGAAGCUAAAAAAUAACAAUAAUCAGUGCCUGUCAUACACUACAUGAUUUUCUGUGAGAUCUGUCAAAUCCAACCACAUAAAAUCAGCAGAUUGUCUAUGACUUUUGCCAAAAUGCUUUGACUCAUCCAGACUGUAAAUUGGCGCAGAAGUUGUGUAAUGCAUUUCAGCCUUUUUGGCAUUUUAAUAGCACCACAUCACAAACAAAAUCACAUAAAAAUGAGCACAAUACACAAGAUACUUAUUCUGGUUUCAGGUUGAGGUUGUUAGGCUAAUUUAUGAUAUUUGACAGCUAUUAUUUAUUUAUUUUCAUAUUUUGACAUUGCACUAGAAUAAGUUCAGAUCAGGGUCUUGUUUAUUUGUUUUAUUUAUGAAUGUGUUUUUAUAACGCAUUAGACACUGUAUUAAAUGUAUGGAUAUUGUUACAGUCAAUAGAUAAUGUUUACAGUAUUUUUAGAUGUUACUGGUGUCAAAUAUAGGUAUAUAGCAAAAUUAAUUGCUGUUUCAUGCAACUGUAUCCCUCUGAGCGGCUGAUAAUAAUGAGUUUUUUGGGCUGUUAUAAGGGUAAAGUUUAUUAUAUACAAAGCUUCAGAUGCUGUUUUUAACAGCUACUAAAGCAUGCUCCCUUCUGGACCAACCAAUCUGGGCUCUUUUUUAUACACUGCUACCUGCUUUAAUAUAGACUGUAAAAUUAUUGGGUGGCCAGGUCUCAGGUUUGAGCUCACGUUCAUUCUUGUACCAUCAAGUAUGAAUGAACUGAACUCCCACACAUAGCACAUUCAGAGAGCAUGAAUAACUGUGAUCAGUUUGACCACUAGCCUAGUCAGUGGUUUUUGCAUUUUAUGACAUGCAAUGGACCAAGUCUUAAAACUGUGCAAAAAACAUUUCUGAGGUUCUUUUUAUGUGCAUAUGCAAAGAAUAAAGCAGCCCUAAAUAAAAAAAUAUAAAUAUAUCAAAUUGUUAUUUAGACCAGGUGUUAAUGUACUGUACUAUACAAAUACGAUGCAAAUACAGAAACGGGGGUGAACAGAAGGUAACUGGCUCGGUUCCUACAGAUGUUGUGCCCUUGAGCAAGGCACUUAACCCUAAAGUUGCUCCAGGGGAUGGUCCUUAUAAUGUGCAAUUUAUAUUGCUUUGGCUAAAAUUACCUGCUGAAUUGCUACUUGCUUGCUAAUAGCACAGGCAGCCAUCUGGGGCAAUAUUUACAAAAUGAUUACUUGCCUAAUUGCAGUUACAUUCCAAUCUGGGGUAAAAUGGGGGAAAUGAUUUGCACAGGACAUACCAUGAUAGGAUUGUAGAAGUACUACCUAAUAAACUUGCACCUUUGAAUCAGAAGGGUACUUUUCUGAUCACUACGCAAUGUACUCUUAUGGCGCUAUUUUUGUGCAUUGCAUGACAUAAGUUUACGUCAGUUUCUGUUCUGAAUUUGUAAAAGAUCUUACAAAUUCCUUCCUAAAAUCCCAAAAUAUCUGAUAUUUAAUUACCUCAGCAGCACCACCAAUUAUGUGGUGCCAUAGCAACAAAAGCCAUGAUUUCAGUGUAUUCAGUGAGUCUGUGGGGUGUUUGUCAAAGUAUGAGAAUAAGAACUAACGAGAUAUUAACACAUUAAAACAAAGAAAACAAAACUGCUAUUAUCUUAAUAGUGUCUAAUUUCAAAAUCGACCGCAUUUUUGGAGCACAAAAUUAAAUAACAUAAGUAGGACAUGUUUUUGUAGCACAAAUGCUAAUAUCCAAAUGGACAUUUAACCAGAUAUCAAGGCUGGCCGUAAUUUCAAGUGAUCUACUGUGAUUUUAAAAGGCUCAAAGGCAAGUUGAAGAUGGUGGAGGAUGACCUCAUCCAAACCCUGAUGUAUUCAUACAUAUCAAAAUAUAAAGACAAACAUUUGGUUGAAUGUAUUUAAACAACCACCAUUGUGUAUCAAAAGAGUAUUAUACUGUAUAUACUAAAUGUGACGCUUUUGCUUUUUAAUGUAGAUACUGUGCUCUGGGAAAAGUUUGUAAAAAAAAAAAAAAAACAGCUUUCUAAUAA